UCUCAAGCGUCUGAGAAGGGCGCGCACGGAAUUGAACCAUGAACCUGCCGAUCUGCAGUCGGCCGCUCUACCAUUGAGCUACACACCCUGUCGACCAGCUAACGAGUUAGCUUGCUUCUUUCCAGAAGAUCGAGACAGAGGUAUGGCAUCCGCUCAUCCUGUAACUGGCAAACCGGACAACAAAUUAACCCGCAGAACCCCCAUUCUCAAACGUCUGAGAAGGGCGCGCACGGAAUUGAACCAUGAACCUGCCGAUCUGCAGUCGGCCGCUCUACCAUUGAGCUACACACCCUGUCGACGAGCUAACGAGUUAGCCACGCGAAGUGCAUCUUCAGCUUAAAUUGGUAAUUCAUUGAUAUAAUUAUCGUCCGCACGUACUUUAAGCAGAUGCAGGGACACGAACGGAACGAACGUGCGCAUCUAUGGGUUUCAAAACUUCAUAUCGCCGGAUACAAUGAUCACGUAUGCUGUGAAAGGAAAAACCAAACGCUUUUUUGACUCACACUCAGUAAAACACCGCAGAAAUCCCGGUGAGUCGGCACACAUUCGGUCUGGGUCACCGGGAUGCCUGCUGUAUCAGAAAAGACGCCAAGCAUGCUUCAUGGAAUCGGACGGGUCGCCCGGCCCCUCUCGCACUCAUGUCGAGAAGGUCACAUUUCUUUCGGCUGUACACAAGGAACUCGGCACCGCGACGAAAUUUCUAAAGGAUGUGGAGUUGUUACGCAUCUAACCAGGAAAUUUGCUUACAAGCAGCUGUUUGCUUCGCUCCCGUGGGCUUUAGUAAGUUAAAAUUAAAACGUAUCCGAGUGUCAUGUUCACCUGGACGUCCAAAGAACCAGCAGAGAUGCUCGUAUACUUUCCACUAUCUUCGCAGGAUAUGAGCAGGUUCGGCUUCGGAUCGUUGCAGCAGUCUAAAAGAAAAAGUCGCGCGCCAGAAGGGUCAGACUGGGUGGGUUUUUGAGCUGUGUUUUGACAGAAACCGGACAAGCGGGUCUGUUUCUCGUAGAAGGACAUCGAAUACCACCCCCGGCUCCCUUUCCGGUCUGCAUCAGCAGAUUGUGGCUGAAGGGUCGACUUGCAGUUGCCAUUGAGUGUUGCUUGUAGACUCGUUCAUCAGGAAUUGCGAACUCUCGCAAAUGUCGAAAUUUGAUGUUUUAGGAAGGGAUUUGACAACGUAAUCACGAUAUCUGAAACGCAAACUCUUCAGCUGCAUCUGCCUGUACUUGCUAGCACAACGGAGAGUCUCCUGUGAUAUACCGUGGUCGAUUCAUCUAGUCGUAACUUCCAAUCGACUAGUCACCCUGAUGUGAGCCGGGCCUAGCUCGAGGCGUCGACGCAGUCGCUCCUGAGUGCAAUCAUUCACCUCGAUCAUUUCUAAUACAGAAAGCUUCUGCAAUUGUACACCACCACUUCCAUUCUGGAACCUAGAUUAUCGCGAUGUUCCAUUUCCCGCGUUUUCAUCGAGAAAAGACACCCUGUUCCAAUGUAAACCGCAACUAUUAGAUGGGAUCCGAUCGGAAAGGAUUUCAAUUAUAGGUACCACCGGCCGCAUAAGGUCUUCCACCCUUUGGCCAGCCAGCAGAAGUCGAGCUGCACUGAAUCCGGGGGGUUUCUUGGUUGUCUGUUCGCCGAAUUCGUUUUGGUUGCUGGGUACACGGCGGCUCUUCAGUUUCAGGAUUUGAAGGGCCGGAUAUCUUUCUGACGACCGCGCGCAGUUGGCAUCUGUGAGGAGGUGACAUGACAGAGGAACAGAAAACUGUCAACGGUCAGCGAGCCUUUCCUGUGACUUUGCUGGCCCCCCAAGAACGAUAAGAACCACAGGCAUUCCCCGCUCGGGGCGUGGCACACUCGAAGCUCGAGACUGUGCUCGAAGAAAGCCCACCGCAGGUGUGGAGUUUCGCUCCUUUCUGACACUCGCGAGUCGUUUUAUUGGAUUGUUGAAAAACUAGCGACAAAACAGAUUCCAAAUUACCUCCAGUGUCGAGCAGCCUGCUGCAUGUCUACGCUAGAGUCGCGCACCUGGUGUACGCAACCCGCCGGGACCCUGUUAGCACGUGUACGAUUUUCUCCCGGAUCUUCUUCGUUUUCAAAGCCGAAUCCUGCCGCAGAUUCGCUUAGUUUUUUCCUCAGACAAUCUUUGUGUUGUGUCUUCCGGCGCGGCUGCAACCAGCGCCGAGAAUGUCACGAAUUUGAGUGUGCAAGCGCCAUCGACACGGCGCUUUUUGCCGAAAGUGUGCCGGGAGUCGUGACUUCCACACAAGCGUAUCUCUCUCUGGAAGAAGUGGCGAAUGCGUUCAAAAAAAGCAGAGACUCUGUCGUUCUAGAAGGAACUCUGACGCCGGGAACCAGCGACUCUGCGCCGGCGCAGACCCUCGAGGUGUCUGUAUACCUGAGCGGGUUGGGGGCGCUGGCGGCUGCGAAGGCGCUUCGAGCUGCGCAAGAGCCAGCGGCAUUUGGAGACGCUUUUUGGCAAGGAGACUCUUCGAACCACGCCUCUUCGUCUGUGCCUGUUUCGUUUCUCCUCCGCGUCGACGUAUUUGCCUCUGCUCCUCCCCUGCUGUUCGCGAAGCUGAAACCCGUCCCUCCUGACUCUCGGGAAGCGAGUCCUCCGCGCCAUUCGUCGCAAGGCGCGCCGCAGCAACCCGCAGGUGUCAUGACAUCCGAAAUCCUGAGCUCGUACGACGGCGCUUCCGUCUGCAGCUGGCUGUCGGGCUUUGCGUUAAACGCCGCCCCUCACGUCUACUCGGCUUCUCUCCUCAUCCCUCUCUUGCUGAGCGUCACUCCUGUCGACGAAGUUGCCGAGUCUCUCCAGUCUUCCGUGGAACCGAGAGCAGAGUCGCAGAGAGCAGGGCGCACAAACGAAGAAGGCGACGACGACCUCACCCAGGCAAAAGUUUCUUCUGAGGAGCGGCUUCGCCUGCAAGUCGCGAGACUCCUCAAGGAGAAACUGAUGGAACAAGAGAGACGAGAACGUGUCGCGGACGAGGCUCCGCGUCGCCCUGGCGAGAUCCUUCUGCUGUCUCCCGUCCGACUGUUUCUUUCGAAAGACGCGAAGACUGGCGGCGCCAACGACCUCCCGGGAGUCUCUGCCCAGACUCUGAACCUCGCCCUCACUCUGCCUUCCCUGCCAAGAGGCGAACAGGGGAAUCCAGACCAGACAGAAGACCCCCUCCUCACUGCUGUAGAUCGCUCCUUUGCCUCCGCCGCUGCGGAUGAUUCGACCCCACAAAAGGUCCUCCUGCUGGUGUCUGUACACUUGACGCCGGAGCCCGAAGAUAGUGGCUUCUCCGCAGCGAGGGAAGUUGGAGAGGCGGAGGCGGAAUCUCGGGGAAACAGCACCAGUUUGUCGGGCAAAGCCUCUGCGGUCGAACCCGCGUGCGUCCAGCUGAGUGUGAAUCCGCUUCUGUUGAAGAAUGCAAACGCGAGAGAAGUCGCGGCGCUUGCGGCGGGGGGUCUGCCGGCGGCGAACGAGGUUUAUGUCGACGGCACAAGAGACGCGUCGGAAGAAGACUCGGAAGAAGCGACCACUGUCGAUGUGACUCUGGCGCCAGGUGAAGAUGGCAUCUCGCUGAUUCACCUCUCCCUCGAGUCCAUGCAGACUCGUUUAGACCCGUCGCCGCGCAGCUCGCUUCUUUCGGGGAGAGACGAUAAAACAGAAGACUUCGGAAAGAAAGAGGGGAAGAACGCUGCGGCACGAAAGGCUCAGAGUCGAGGCGACGGGCUGCUCUUCGUCGAACUUGACGACGCGUCGCCUGAAGAAUCUCCACAAGUUUUAAUUUGCCAAAAACCACGCAAAACGUGCACAGAGAUUUCGAGCUUUCAUCCUGCGCCGUCCCUGACCCAAGGGACGCUGCCUGACGCCUACCGCGCUCCGCUUCUGCUCUACCAGGAAGAACGCGAGCGGUCUCUGUCUCCCUUUUUCUUUUUUCCGUAUCUUCGCCGGCACCUGCUUCUUCCUCUCCUUCUUUUACCGUCUGGUCGAGAGGCGGGCGCCUCUCUGGAGGGCGAGGGAGAAGCGGAAAAUGGGAUGAGAGGAAGAAGCCCCUCCCGGAGAGGCCUCAGUGUCUCCGUGCUCCUCCUCUUCCCGUCCAGUAUAAAAGGGAAAACUUGGAAUUUCCGAUUCGGCGUCCUUCACCCUCAAAGGGUCACUGUAGGCGCAAAAGACACGCCAUCACCUGCCUCUCUUCUCUCUCCGCUUCUCCCCUCAAAUACAGCUCGCCGUUCGUCUUCUUCUUCUCUCUCUUCUUCUCCCUCUUCUUCUCCCUCCUCUUAUCCCUCUUCUUCCUCUUCUUCUCCCUCUUCUACUCCCUCUUCCUCUCCGUCUGCUCCGAGUUUUUUGUGGCUAUUUCUGUUGCUGUUUAUUUCUUCGGCUGCGAUGUUGACUGCGAUCAAAUUGGUCUUAUACAUGGACGCGGCACGUCUGAGUCGUCCGACUUCGUUUCUGCCUUCGGUGUUCCCCGUAGAUCUCGAGGGCCCUGUCUCCGCGUCCCGGAGUGCGGUUGGAGCCUCUUCGGCGGCUGGCGGUCGCUGGCGGGGUCUCUCUUCUCCAACUCGCGGCCUUGAGGCAGCUGAACAGAGAGGCGCGUUUCCCUCCUUCGCUCUUGUAGAGAAACAGUUCUGCUCUCCAGCUGCCCUGCCUCCUGGCGAAACGCGCCUCCCGCUUCUGCCGCGGGAGGAAGAUGAUGACGCGCUGCACAGAGGAGACUGUGUAGAGAGCGGAGACAGUUUGGAGAGGGGAGACAGCGUCGUUGGAGGAGACAGCUCAGCGUGGGGUAGCACUGCAGAGAGGAGAGAUCCCUUCUGCAGAGGCGACGACCUUGUUCGUCUGCCCAGUUGGGAGAAGAAGAGUAUACCUCGCAAAGGAUGGUCGCCACUUUCCCUCGAACUGCAAGAGACGUCCAAGAAGAGCUGUCGCCUUCUCCCUCGCAUGUGCAGGACCUCGGGCACCGCGUGUGGGCAGGCCGCGCUGCAGGCAAGCGUCAACGCCUUCCUGGAAUUUCCUGCGAAACAGCUGCCGCCACGCCGAGAAGGCUCUUGGGAGACACCGGUGUGGACCGCCUGCCCCGCCGACGAGGUACAAAAGCGAGAAGAAAAGCCUGAAGAAGAGUUCCCGUUUGGAGGAGAAAGUUCCUUCUUCAGAGCCGAGGAGACAGGUCGAGGAGAGUUCCCCUUUCAUGGAGAGAGAGAUCAACCGUCACUUCUUUCCGAAGGAGAGAAAGACGGACGGCGUGGCGCGGUCCUCAACGAGCCGGCUCUGUUCAACUCCUUCUUCCCGAACGUAGAAGACGGCGAAAAGGAUGCGGCAGAAAAAACGGUGGAGACGACGUGCACCGCGACCUCGAGAGAAAAGGACGCCACUUGCCACAGUGGAGAUGAACAGAGCGAAUUUCCUUGCUUUCCAGAUCUGGCCCCGUCAUCCGUCGCCGCCCUGGGGUCUCCCUUCCGCUCUGCAUGCGAUGCGCGGGGGGGAACGGCUUUCUUCCCGUUUCUGGAGGAGCGUCGCGGGUGCUUUCCUGUGUCUGCUGGAAGCAUCGAGAAGGCACAAGAGACGCAGUCCUGCGCGUCUCCUCAGUGGGUGCUUCCACGAAAGGAGAAGCCAGCGAGAGAAAAGAUGGAUGCGAGUCUCUCAGAACUGCGUGCUUCUCUCAGUCGGGCGACCGCGGCAGUCGGGGCGGGUGACGGCGCGCGACGACAACGCAGAACGAAUUCGGCGGACGAGACGGAGAGCGGAAGCCGUGGACGGCGCGAGGAAGCCUCGACGCAAACUGGAACAGCGGAGAGAGAAGAAAUGCUCCAGCAGUGGGCAGAGGAGAAAACAAGCGUUCGGGCGAACGCGAGAGGAGAUCACAGAGAUCUGCAGAACAGCGAGCAAGAAGAUGUGUGGAAAGGAGAGAAGGAAGAUGAUCCGUGGAUAAGAGAGAGAGGGGAGAGAAGAGAAGGUGGAGACGAAGACGAUUUCUGCCGAAACUGGAGACGAAUCGUCGAUCCCCUGGGAGAAACAGAAAGCUCGUACGAAGUGACGUACCGCGGAGACAGCGCUCUUGUCGAAGUGGCGACGACGACGGGGGGCGACGGAGAAGAAGAUGGAAGAAAAGAGAGUGUGUUUUUCAAGUACUGCCAGGAACAGUUUCAGUGACAAGAGCAGAAAAAGAGAAGAGACUCGAAAAAGCAGAAACGCGUCCAACACAAAGAGAUAACUUGGGAGCCGUCCGACCAACUCACGAAACGAGAAGAUGAACUUUGAGAGACUGCAGAGAAAAGAUGUGGAACUUCAAGAGAAAGACAUCCGGAAAAGACGAGAACUCUGAAGACGAUUAAACAGAUACGAAUCGCGAACUUCUCUUCCCUUGGCCAGUUCCGUGAAAAAAGUGUUGCCUGCAAAGAAACCCAGACACGUUCCCUUUGCAGCUCGUCUGCCGUCACGUCCCGUUGUGGGUCCUUCGGUAGACGACGCUCACCGAAUUCCUUUCUGUAGUAACUGUCAACGAUGCUGUCGACGAACUAUAUGUUUACCGCUCUUGGAGACCCGGUUUAAUUUCUUUUUUAAGGAACUGUUAUCCUGCUUCUGUGGUGCUGAUCGAACGGGCAUCUGACUAGUAAUUUUUGCGCGCUAUUACAUGACUGAUAACAAGAAUUCACAUAUUUCCUGCAUACAAAUGUGGACUAACGUGUGUGUAGAUAUCUUGAGUUGUCAGUUCGUUCCAGGGAGGCAAGAGAGGCGUCUCUGCUCUUUCGCAAAAAGAGCGAAUUUUUUGCCUUUGAACUAUAUCCGCAGACACAGCGUCUUCUCUCUUUGCUUCUUCACGUUGGACGCAUCUCGUGCCUCUCUGUCUUUGAGGGUCGAACCUUGACAGGAAAGGAGAAUGUGGAGAGAAACAGAAAAACAGGUUGAAAAAAGAACCGCAGAGGGGAAGCGGGUAAAUAUCGAUUCAGACCUUUCAAAGGCGUACGUUGUUUUCCUUUUUGAAAGCGUACGACACGCCUCUAUGUGAACUAGAAAUGGGUCAAGUCUCUUUUGAGUUCUACGGAGACGACGACGGGGCAGAGGAAACGCAGAAAAGAAGAAACAGAGACAGCGCCCUGUGGAGAAUGCCACCAAAACAUUCUCUGUCAGAGGUGGUGAUUCCCAGUGCUCGGUGGUCCUGAUUACUUUAGCAUCUGAGCAGUCGUUUUUGCUCGCGGGUGCCACAAGGGAUAACAGAAGUCCACUCAUUCCGGCUCGAACGUACACGAUGUGAAGCAACGUUAGUCGCACACGAUUUUGAAGUCCAGCACUUGCAGCUGCGUAGUCUGCUUUGUGCAGUUAACUCCUUUUAUUCGAGACCUGAAGGUUCUUUGCAUUUCUGUUGUCUGUUCUCAAGCAGGGCUCGAUAUCUGAGCGUCAAACCCUGGCCACCCGAGCGACUAUUCGUCGGCACCUCGUCCCCACUCGGCAAUGAUGCACUGUCACAGACCUUGUGUCUCUUGGAGGUGCCGAGAAGCUUGUUUCCCGAAGGAAACAUGUUCCAGAGACUCAGAACAAACGAGAACCUUCAAUGCCAGGAGAGACUUGGCAGGGGCCUCCUGGCAGCACCCAAGUCCCGUCGCUCUUUCGCUUUCCCUUUCGCUGUUUCUCGAAGUCGCUGCCGUGAUUCGAGGAUAAGCACAGAGGGAGAGAGGAAGAUCGAGCAACAAGUGCAGGACAGAAGGAUGCCAACGGGAGACAGAGAGGAAGACAGGGGAGUAUACGAGGAAGCAGAAAGCCAGAUACAGACAAAGAGGGGAAACGGAAAGAAGGACGCAAAAGACAAAGAGGCACUGGCCUCCCUCAGGUGUCUAGGGAAAGAAGAGCUCCCGAGUUUCUUGGUUUUCUGAGAAGGCACCCCACUCAAAAAGGCUCUUCUCUCCACCGCCAUGCUCUGCUUUGUUCCAGAGAACAGAGAGAAGUGGUAGUCCACAAAAAGAAGGAAAAGGAUCUAGUUUCUCGGGAGGAGACUCGUAACUCCACGUACAGCCGCCUCCUGUCAGUUCUCCAGUCCUUUAGUGAUGCUAAACUCCGAUUUCUGCGGUUGGCGACACGAGACGCAAAGAGGCAGUAUGCAGUUCGUAGAUCAUCAAGUAGAACGAUACACCAAAUAGAACGGUAUGCGUGGAGUGAAAGAGCAUAAGAUGUCAGCAAGAAGCUAGGCUGCCUGAGUACUCCAGUAAACAGAAACGAAGUUCCGUCGAUAUCCACCCUAGUGCUUUCCGUUCGACUGUGAGGUGGACAGUGAGGACGUUCGCAGUAUUGAACUCCAGAAUUACCAAGCCACACCGAUACACCUCUCGUCUCUAUUCACUGCGAAGUUCUUUCGAGCGUCAAUAUUUCGCUCUCUGCGAACUUGAGAGCAAAGCAGAGAGUCUCCCGAGAAAACCUUUCCCCUUUCUCUCGACUUCCGCUUCCAGAAAAGGGAGCCGUUGAGACCCUCUUUCCUCUCGUAUUAAAAAAAAGAGGGAGGGGGAGAUUUCCUGUUCGCAACAAACUGGUCGCUCUCGUCCGGAGUUCUCGAUUUGGUGUAUGUACACGUCGUGUAUAGCGCGACACGGAGAAGCC